UCUCUCUCUCUCCGUCUCACGCACAUUCAUGCAGCGUCCAGAAAAACAUCAUUGUUUGACUUCAGCUUAUCUCUGCUCUCCCAAAUAUCCUGUUUCUUCGAGCUGCAGCGUCCAGAACCAAUAGAAAGCUCUUCCUGCUCAGGCUGACUUCACUUCCAGCUUUAGCACAAUCUCAUCCGCUCCAAACCGCGUUCGGCAGAACCGCAGCGUACACACAUCGCCGUAAACACACACACACGCUCGAGCCGAAGACGGCUCGUCCUGCUCCGCCAUGGCCAGCACCAUCAAGGAGGCGCUGUCGGUGGUGAGUGAGGAUCAGUCUUUAUUCGAGUGUUCGUACGGAGCGUCUCAUUCUAAAGCGGACAUGACGGCCUCCGCCGCUGGUGAAUACGGCCAGAGCAAACUCAGUCCCAGAGUGCAUCAGCAGGACUGGCUGGCUCCGCCCCACGGACGUGUCACCGUCAAGAUGGAGUGUGGAGCGCAGGUGAACGGGUCCAGAAAUUCUCCUGAUGACUGUCCAGUGGUCAAAGGUAAAAUCUCUCCAGCUGCGAAUGUUCCAGUGAUGUACAGCAACUACAUGGAGGACAAACACAUGCCGCCGCCCAACAUGAUCACCAAUGAACGCAGAGUCAUCGUACCUGCAGAUCCCAGUCUGUGGUCGGUGGAUCAUGUGCGUCAGUGGCUGGAAUGGGCCGUGAAGGAGUACGGGCUGCCCGAGGUGGAUGUGUCUCUCUUCCACAGCAUUGAUGGGAAGGAGCUCUGCAAGAUGACCAAAGAUGACGUCCAGCGUCUGACCAGCAGCUACACGGCCGACAUCCUGCUGUCGCACCUGCACUACCUCAGAGAGACUCCACUUCCUCAUUUGACUUCAGAUGAUGUUGACAAAGCCUUGCAAAACUCCCCGCGGUUAAUGCAUGCUCGCAAUACAGGAGGAGCGAGUUUUAUCUUCCCAAACGCCCCCGUUUACCCUCCAGACGGCAGCAGAGGAGCCAGCAGAGCAGAUGUGAGUUACGAUGCGGUCAGACGCUCUGGAUGGACUCAGCCCGUAUCUGCAGCUAAAGUUUCUCAGAGUUCUGCUGCCAUCCUGACCAAAGCUGAAGAGCAGAGAGCUCAGUUAGAUCCGUAUCAGAUUUUAGGGCCGACGAGCAGCAGGUUGGCGAAUCCAGGCUCUGGUCAGAUCCAGCUGUGGCAGUUCCUCCUGGAGCUUCUGUCCGACAGCUCCAACUCGUCCUGCAUCACGUGGGAAGGAACCAACGGCGAGUUCAAGAUGACCGACCCAGACGAGGUGGCGCGGCGCUGGGGUGAGAGGAAGAGCAAACCCAACAUGAACUACGACAAGCUGAGUCGAGCCCUGCGCUACUACUACGACAAGAACAUCAUGACCAAAGUGCACGGCAAACGCUACGCGUACAAGUUCGACUUCCACGGGAUCGCGCAGGCCCUUCAGCCGCACCCGCCCGACUCGUCCAUGUACAAGUACCCGGCGGAUCUGUCCUACAUGAGCUCGUACCACCCGCACCCGCAGAAGAUGAACUUCGUGUCGCCGCAUCCUCAGGCCAUGAACGUCACCUCGUCCGGCUUCUUCGGCGGUCCGAGCCCGUACUGGAACGCACCGGCGGCGGGAAUCUACCCCGGACCACGACACCCCGCCACACACAUGCCCUCCUACUACUAGACAUCUCAAGACAAACUGGAGAAACACAACCAUCCGCCGCCACUGCCGGAGGAAGGCACUCGCCGUAUUUAAAGCAGGAGAAACCGUCUGUAAUCCGGGAGCCGCAUGGAUUCAGCAACGGGAAUGUGAAAGUGGCAAUAUAACAUGUAAAAGGGGCUGCUGUUAAUGACCCCGCUGCAUGAUCAAGUACUUAUUUGUCUAUAUGUUCAUGUGUACCUUAUUGUACAAACACACAUAUCAGAGAGAGUUCAGAGAGAGAGCGACAGAACGUGAGACAGGUCAGAGGAAGACAGACAGACAGACGCGUGAGGUGAGACAGGGCGCUGAGGUAUGUGAGAAGAUGAAGAUUAAUGUCUUGCCAUAUUUAUCAGUAUUAUGUUGUCCGUAUGGCAUCAGAGAUCGAUAUUUGCCUUGAAAAUGUUGAAAACUGGAAUUUAAAGCUUUCAGAUGUUUUAACGACCUCAAACCUUUAAAGACCGAGGUGCAUUUAUAUGAACCAGUGCCUUACUGCGGAAGCUUGUUUUAGCCACGGAAUAACUCAAUAAAAAAAAGUGAUUGUGACUUUUUAUUGCGCAAUUCUGACUCUUUUCUUGCAGUUCUGAGUUUAUAACUCGCAAUUCUGCCAUUUUUCUCCCAAUUUAUAUCUCACAAUUCUGAGUUUAUAUCUAAACAGAAAAAAGUCAGAACUGUAAGCAAAAAGUUGCAGUAAUUUUUUUGUAUUCCGUGGCAGAAACAAACUUCCAUACCUUACAGAGAGAUUCAGCUGAAGAGAUUCACCAAAGAUACCAGUAUUUGUAUUAUUAUUAAUUUUUAUGAUGAUGUUCUGAGUCGCAAACGCUGUGCGUUUGUUAGAUUGAAGUAUACAAUUCAGUGUUAUAAUUCUUUUUAUAUAAUAGAUAUAUAACUUAUGCAUUUAAACACUACGAGUUGAUCUCAGCCAGCCAAACACAGACAUUUUAUCACAGACGUAGAGAAACAGACCAAAGAGGCGAAACGCUCCAGCAGUUUGAGUGAUUCUCUGUAUUAUCAGUUGUUUACAGUGAACGCACACGUGUGUUCGUAUGACGCUGGACUGGCGCAGCACAUGGGCUCUGAUCCACUGAACCCAGAUCAGAUCAGAUCGGUCAGAGACGCCCUGAUGCUCUGAGAUUGUUGACAAAGGGAAGAAAACAUAUACUUGGAUAAAUUAUAUGGUUUUCUACUGAAUCAUUUUAAUAAAUAAUUUUUAACAA